UGUUAUUAAAUUAAGUUUAAACAAAUAACAAAAUGGAAGGGCUUCAUGAUGAACAGAUCAUAGAACAAAUUACUAUUUAUGAAAAUAAAAUUAAGAUUAUAAAAGAAAAAAUUAGAAGUGAAUUACGAACUAGGCGAGAUCUUAAAACUAAACUUGAUGAAGCUAUAAAAAGGGAGGCUACUCAUAUUGUAACGUUAGAAAGAUUGGAUGAAUAUGAGAAAAUUGUUAAUAUAAAACUUGAAUCGGCUAAAAAAAUGGAAGACAGUGAAUCGAUAAAACAACUUGCUAUAAUAGGAAAAUAUGAAACUAUGCUACAGGAACAACAGAAAGUUUGGGCGAAAUAUCAGAAAGAGUAUGAACAAUUGCCAUUAGCUAAGGAGAAACAAAAAGCAGAGUUCCGAUUGUUGAAAAUGACGAUUCAAAAUAAAAUAGUUUAUUUCAAAAUAAAUGAAAUUCAUCGUAAUAUUAGAAUAAAAGAAAACAUUGAUAAAAGAAUAGAACAAGUUAAAAUAAUAGAAUUGGCAAAAUUAUUCAUAGAACAUAAAAUAAGAGAGAAACGUUGCUGUGAAUCAAUGGAAAAGUUGAAUAAACUUAAAAUUAAAGAACGGGAAUUACGAUUGGAAGUUAAUUAUUUAGAAUUGCAACCAAAGGAAAUCGAAAAUUUAAAUUUGACUGUUAAACAGACAUCAAUUAAACCACAACAACUGCCACAAGUAGAUUUGUCUCGUUUCAUUAUUCAUAGAAACACAAACUAUGAUAAUAUGGAUUCAUUUUCUGUAAAUUCUUACAUGCUAGAACAAGAAUAUAUGACAAAUGAUGAACAGUUAAAGCAAUUCGCAAAUUCUCCAGAUGAAUCAAGGUGCAAUGAUACACAACCAAAAGAUACGGUUAAUCAAUAUCAAUCACAUAAGGAUGAAGUAUCGACUUCUUUUUCUCUUAUGGAUGAAAGACAGCACGUAGAGAGUUCGAAAGUUAAUAAUUUAACGGAUCGUCCUAUACCUUCUCCGGCAAAGAUCGCAAAAUGCUUACCAGAAGAGAAAAUGGAACAACAUCAACAACAGAAGCAAGAGCCACAGAAUCAGAAAUUUCAUCAACAACAACAACUUAGCAAAAGGCAAUACCAGAACCAACUUUAUGAACAACAAAAUCAAAAACAACAUUUGCAGAAUAAUCAACAAUAUCAAAGCCAGCAGUAUCUGCAGCAUCAAGAGCAACAGGAGCAGCAUCAACAACAACAGCAACAGCAUCAACAACAUUAUCCGCAGUACAAUAAACGUCAAGAACAACAGCAGUACUUACAAAAGAAUCAACAUCAAGAACAACAGGUGCAGCAUCAUCGACACUAUCAGCAACAACAAUUCUUACCGAAGCCGAAUUUGGAAACAUCGGAUUUUAUUAGAGAUUUGACGUUACUUCCUUUAGCCAAUAAACCGCAGAUUAAAAAGUGUGAAGUUGUGAACUAUCCAAAUCUGCAAAUGCAGUUUCAGAUGAAAGAAAUGCAAGGACAUGUUCAGAUGAAGGCAGCUAUUCCCAUGGAAACGUCACAGACAUCGAUGACGCUAGGAACUCAACAGCCCAGUGUGGGCGACUUCCCUCUCGGAGACCAGUCGAUUACAAACUCCACACCUAUGAAUAUCCCUACGACUAGUAUAAUAUCUACGACUUUGCACUCAGUCGAUCUGAGCAUAGAUAAUAUAUCAGCUAUUCUUGGAAGUGAGAUCACUGAACCCGGCGGCAGCUUUGAAUUGGCCAGGCGUUUGUAUGCAGAUUCAGAUUUGAAUUCAGAAGAAGGUGAUUUUAAUUAUGAAAAAAUGAUGGAAAACUUUUGCUCACCCAUUCAAACCAAAUCAAAAGUUCAGAAACAAUCAUCACCAUUUGUAAGCGAUCAGCAGAGAAAUUCUAACAAUGAUACUUCACAAGUAAUUUUGCAAAAACAAAAUGAAAGAAAUUUUGUCUUUGGACAGUUCAAGAAGAAGCAAACAAAUACGACUCAACGAUUUUUUUGA